ACAGGAAGAACUGGACUGUCUCUGUGUGCUUGACUCACCAGUUUUCAGGAGUAUAAUACUCCUUUCCCUGAUCUGCGGCAGCGGCGAUUGCAUUGAACAAGUCAGUACUCAGUACACACUCAGUAAUAUCACUCUGUCUCUCUGCAGAACAGAGAAAUGGCUUCUCCGCCAGUGGCGAAGUUUCCGAUCUAUCUGACAGUGCGAGUCAUUGGCGUCUUCAUCACCUGGGUUCUGCAUUUCAGAGGAGGCCUCGCCUUCGUUUCCCACCAAAAAGAUCUAAUUUUCAAUGUAUUUCUCUCUCCCCCUCUGUCUCGUCUUGAAAAUUAAUUAAUGUUAUUGUGGUCUCGAUAGAACGCAAAUCGUUGUUGAGGAGAAAUGAGCUGACUCCGUGGGAUUAAAAUUUGAUUUUGGACGGAACCGAAUUGGUUAUGGAAGAAUGGUGAAUAAAAAAAUUGAGAAGCUUGGAGUGAAUAAUUGAAUAAUGACUAUUCGUAUUGGGACUGCGGUGAAUGGGGUUUCCAAUUUGCCUUGCAGGGAUUGUAUUGGAUUCUAGGUGUGAGAUCCUAAUUUUGGGUUCUUUCAUCCUACCGUAAUGACAUUUCUUACAGUUUCUUUUGCUGUCUCUAGGCUUCUUUUUUGUUCUUAUCUCUUUGCUUGUAGCAGUUUAACUUCAAGAAAUCAGUCAUUUUAACAUAGAAUGGUGAGUGAGGCUGAGAAAGUACGUCUUUAUUGCUCUUAUCAGAAUAUCAAUCACAAUGGAAUGGCAAUGCGAGUCCAGAAUGAGUACUGCCUCCUAGCUUGUGAAGUAGUUUUUUCUGUGGAUUCCUUUUCUUUGAUUGCACAGUUAGAUGGAAAUGACAUUUGAGUUAAUUUGUUUGUUGACCAUUUUGUUGAUGGCUGAUGAAAAUAUCGUGUUGGUAAAUUUGAUUCCACUAAAUCAUUUCAUUGAAAGCUAAGAAAAGGAGUCCACAGAAAAAACUACUUCACAAGCUAGGAGGCAGUACUCAUUCUGGACUCGCAUUGCCAUUCCAUUGUGAUUGAUAUUCUGAUAAGAGCAAUAAAGACGUGAAGUGAUUUAGUGGAAGCAAAUUUACCAACACGAUAUUUUCAUCAGCCAUCAACUGGAGUAACUUAAAGUUGUGGUUGUUCUUACUUCAAGUAAUGCAACAAAUCAUACGAAAAAUUGUGUUAGACUUUUUGAUUAGUGUUCAUAUUUGUUAGCGCAAAAUGCACUUUUACUGGUCCAUUCCUCAUGCCCUUCCUCCUGAAAGAGAAACACUUUUCAGUUCUUUGGGCUUGUUGACCGUCCUUGCUUGUAUAAAUAGAUAAAUUUAUAGGAAGCAGUAGGUCCUGGAAAAGGAUUAUAAGGUAUCUAAUGGACAAGUUAUGUUGAUUGGAUUCUGGUUGUUCUCGUUCGUCCCUGCCCCCAGAAGUUGGGUAGAGAAUUUGCUAUGUGUAUUACCGUUAGAUCAUGACCAUGUCAAUUAACCAUGCAACAUCUAAAAUUACAUAGCUCAAGGGCUGAAAGUCAUGUCUUUUAAAUUAUCCCCCAUCAGCUAUAGAUUCGAAGGUCACGUGUCUGCUAAAUUAGCUCUUAUAAUCUUCGGUGUGCUGAGUGGAGUAUGGCAAAAUUAUGCCACGAAAGCCCUACAUUAUAUCCUUAUAACUUAUCCCCCUAACAUUACCUCUAAAAUUGAGAAAUGAGCAUAUGAAUAUUGGAUGUUUCCUGUCAUCUGUCUAUAAUAGUUUUGGCAUCUAAAGGCUGAUGGCACUGGGGAUAGUUUUGCUUUCCCUAAACGAGGGAAGAAGCCUUUUUUCUGACUUGAGAAAAGCCAGAAGCAGGAGGACGGCAUGAUUUUAUUUUUGUUCUGGCUAGAUAAUGCGGUACAAGAUUGGCAGGCUAGCCAGUACCUUCAAAAUGCUUUUAACUGCUUUGUUCAAAAGUAUAUCUUAGCAACUCAAGUUAACUCCAUCUUCUUUCUGUAGUUUCCAAACAGUGAUUUCUGUACCAAUUCAUCCUUUGGUAAUUUCUGAGUUACCCUUCCUAUCAAGUUUGUGCUUAACGAAUACCCUCGUGUUCUUUAUGAUUUCGUGAAGAAAUGCUUGCAUACAAGUCGUUACCAGGAUGAAAAGACUUUAAAAAAGCAGUUCAUCUCGCAUUACAAUUAGUUUCUCUUAUUUUAAGUUUGAUUGGUGCAUCGGCUGCUUGGAAGUAUCAUAACGACGAGGCAUUGAGAAUUUCUACAGCCUGCAUUCAUGGCUGGGUCUAGCUUGUAUUCUCUUGUUCUCUAUCCAGGUGGUUGCUGGAUUCACAGCGUUCUGGUUCCCAGGAGGCUCGACAAAUAACAAACUCUUUCCCUUAUCAAGGCAUAUUUUCUUCGGGAUCUUUAUAUAUGGCAUGGCUGUAGCUACAGCCGCUUCAGGUAUCUUAGAAAAGGUUAUACAUUCCUUCAAGUCCAGAAGGUAAUCUCACGCUAUUCCUUUGAGGCAAUAUUGCUCAAUUUCAUGGGCAUGUUGAUCAGCAUGUUGGGUGGCUUUGGGAUUCUUGGAGUCCUUACACCAUCUAAUGCCUAAAGCUGAUAUUGUCACUAGAAGCAGUGAGUGAAUUUCGUGGCACAAGUCUUUCAAAAUUGAGGAAGAGGAAGUUUUAUUUACAGUUUUUUUUUUUUUAAAUGUGCAGUUUCUAUUACAGCUUAGAUGCAUGAACUAAAAUCUCAGACAGGUUCUCUUUUCCCUUGUUCAAAUUCUUCUUUCUCGCUUGAAAUCAGAAUAUGAGCAAAUUGUUAUUAUUUCUUCUGAUGAGUUUUCAAAUUAUGUGGCUUUUUUUAUUUUUGUUGUAAAAUAUGUGUUGUAUUCCGUUUGAUAAAUUUAAAAAUUGUGAUUAUAUAUAGUGAUCAAUAUAUCCCCCCCUCCCGGGGGGUGAUUAGAAAUGGCCUAGAAAACUACACAGAGAUCGUACCCAUAGUAUCCCUGAUACAUGGGAUUUAUGAAUAUUAGGAGAAUUAAAGAUAUAAGGGUAGUUUAGACAUUUAAUAUAUUCUCUAUAAAUAGGUGUUUAGAUUGUAAUGGAUGAAUAUGAAUGGAAUUAAUCUCUCUCUUUCUCUCUAUUCUCUUCUGCCUCUCCUCUCUCUCCCUCUUUCUCUUCUACCCCUAUUAAAGGUAUCAGAGCCAUUUCUCUGGCCAUGGCUCUGCUGGAGAGCCGAUCCAAUGAACGCAUUGGCACCGUUGACCACCGUUUGGAGAUACAUACAUCUUUGCUUCAACGCAACCAGCAGACAUUGGCACGGCGUACUCACGAUAUCAUUGGGAUAAAGCAAACCAUGUCUCAGCUUAUGCAAGAAAUCUGGGCUAAGCUCUCUUUGCUUAUCAACCAGCACCUGCACCCAUUGAUGAUUACCUCUGUGUCUACUGCAAUCGUGAACGAGUACUCAUAGCAACAAGCAUUCGACAUGAAGGAGAAAGACACGGAUGAGCCACUUAUCAACGAGGCUAGUACCGGCUCAACACUCACCCUUAUUGACGAGGAGAUGAUGGAUGAACUGACUGAGACAGGGAAUGUCAAUGCCAUGAAAUUGGACGAUGUCAUUGCACACAUUACGGAAGACCAACAGAAGCAAGAUAGCGAAGAGAUGGAGACACAUAGAGCUGUGAAAAUGUCAAAUGGUUCUCCGACUUCAACUUUUGACUCUCUUUUUUCCGUGUGUCUUCUUGGCCUUUCACCGCCAACACAUCUACCAUCAACUCGAGCACCAACACUCCAGUCACUAUCACCACCUGUGGUUCUACGUUUUUCACAAGUCUCCAUUCCACAUCAGAAACUUGACGCCUACUACCGUGGCUUUGGACAAAUCAGUAUCGGAUGCUGGAUACUUCAGGUUUCGAAACUGUCCAGAUCAUUGGCUCACUUCCGAAGCUCUAACCACGACACGGAAGGAGGAAUAUUAAUCGGCAGCCGAGGACGACCUAGAGUAGAAUCGGACAGAAACAUUAUUCGCGAGGCGGGUAGGGCUGUUGAAGACAUUGGGUCGAGUGGUGCUCGCAAAGAGAUUACGGAAUUCGGGUUUUUCGGAUUUUUUCUUGGGUCUGAGGUCUAUCUGCAUAGUGAAAUGAACAGGACGCAUGUACAGGGUCAUCAAAGCGGCGUGGAUGUUUAGGGAAGUGGAUUUUGGAUCUCCAAUUCAAGCACGCAUACAAGUUUCGCGACUCGCGAGUUUGGCUGUUGCGGGUCGCGGAUUUUCUAUCAAGUUUCUGGAAUCUUCUUUAGUGGGCAGGACAUGCAUCUAUUGUGCGUUUCCACGAUCAGGUUGCUCAAUACUGCUACUGCCAGGUGUAUUCCAGAUUUCCUCCAGUUGUUCCCCACGUGGCAGCAAAGGUAAUGAAAACGCACCUAAUUUACUUCGGGUGACUAAAGGCAAUGAAAUUGGGCCUUUCCAAAACGAUCCAAUGGUGAUAUCUUUGAGUAGUAAUUGGAAGCCUAAAGUGGGCCUCUGGACAAGCAUGCUUCAAUGCCAAUAUAUGGGACCCGUUGUUUUAAGUGUGAUUCAAAUGCAAUUAUGGGCAUUUUUGCAACAUUUUAGCUGCUCGAGCGCCUUCCAUGGGUUAUUUUCCAACAAUUCUAAAGUGGGGUUAACUUAUAAUCAAGAGGAGCUUUGUGAAGUUGGGCUGAAAAUGGGCUUUUGGUGGGCGGAGUAUGGACCUGUUAAACAAUUAUGGAUCCUCUACUCAUUAAUUUUUAGGAUCAACAAUUUUAUUUGGAGGGUGACAAUGGGCUUCUAUAUUGAAGGAAAACUGCAGAAAAUAUGGGCUUUUGAUGUUCAUUAAUUUUGUUCUUAAAUUAUUUUAUUUUACAAGUUUUAGCAACUUAAGAAAAAAAAAAACCAAAGAAGUCUUAUUUUAUAUAUAUAUAUAUAUAUAUAUUUUAACUUUCUGCUUUUGUACUGGUCCUUGAGGACAAGGAUCUCUUGUUGGGAGGAAUAUUGAUGCAUGAGAUUUAGGAAUAUUAGGGGAAUUAGAAAUAUAAGGAUAGUUUGGGUAUUUAGUAUAUUUUUUAUAAAUAGGUCUUUAGGUUGUAAUGGAUGGAUAUGAAUGGAAUUAAUCUUUCUCUUUCUUUA